AUGCCGCCUCAUGUAGGAGUCAUUGUUAAUCCGUCUGCGCGCCGCGUUGCCUGCGACCAGUGUCAUGCUCAAAAGUUGCGUUGUACAAAACUAGAAAAUUGCACUGUGUGUAUUCGAUGUCAGCGUCUGAACCGCCAGUGUAUCUGGAGUCCUCCAUCGCGGAGCGGCCGCCCAGCAAAGACUACUGCCGGGGAAACGCUGGUCAGGCGUAGUAAUGCGCGGGAGAAGCGUCGCAAACGAUCGUUAAGUGCUCUAGAAAUGACACCAGAAGAGGAUGGUCAUCCGGACAGUGCGCGAGAGCAUGUUCGUUCCAGCUCUGUCAGUACUCUCGCUCAUACCGACCACAACAACCGUCCUCAGCCCACCCUCCUGGCUGUCGGGAUAUCAGAGGUACCGCCAUCAGGGCCUCCAUCCAUUACAGACUGGAACAUGUCCGAUAUUUUCAGCUUUUCAAGUCCGCGUGAUAGCUCGCGGGAGAACCUACUAUUCCCCUCUUUGUGGACUCCAGACAGCGUACCUCCGAUGCCCAAUUUGGCCGACUAUUUCCAAUUGCCCGCCAAUGGAUUAGGAGGGCUGGGGACUCAACCCAGAAUCCCGGACGAUAGAAGCGCACCCUCGGGAUUGGACUCUCUGCAGGACAUCACCCGAGAGCUCUCCAACGUCAACCUGUCGCUAUUCGACCUCGAGCAAUCUCUUCACGCCGAGCCAUGGGGUCCGAUGUUUGCGUCACCAACCGCUGUGAUCACUAAACUAAGCACCUGUAGCGGUGACCAGCCGGACGACACGCUCGCCCAUGGGUAUCCAUUGAUCGACACAUUUAAGAAAACACAGCGCUUUAUCGACAUGGCAAAGCAAACGCGCGUUUAUUUCGCCUCACUGCCCACCCCACCACCUGCGUCAACGUCGACCUCGUCCUCCACCGGUCGUCCCUCUUCCAUAGGUCAAGCACCAUCAUGGCGCCCGUCGCACGUCUUGCACCCCGAUAGCGACACCUCCAGCCAGGGAUCAUCUCCUUUCUCCCCGCCGCGUGACAUGCCUCCGCCGUACUCUACGGCUUCUUCUAGCACGACGCGAGGAGACCGUCCGGGCCGCACAGAAGGCUGCGAUUUACCUACCGCCCUUCUCUUUACCACUGGCUACGCGCGGAUUCUCGAACUUUACAUGACCGUCUUGACACAGAUGUCGCAUUUCGUCCACGCACUCUCCGUGCAAUCGAUGGCGGGGGGCCCGGACUAUCGCCAAAGGAUGCACCCCGUUAUCCCACCGUUGCAGUGGGGUGGAUUCCAGCCCACCAACUACGGUGCCCUGCAGAUAUUAAUGGCCAUCCAGGUGAUUUCCUACCUGCUCACCGAGGUUGAACGGGCCCUCGGUGUCGACGAAUGGGAAUACGAGCUGACUCGCGAGCGACCCCGGUCUGAGGAGAGUAGAUCCUACUUAUUUACUCAGAUGCAUGGGGAGUCCCGUCGAAGGGAUUCGGUAGUCGGCGAAGGGGACCGAGCUGGAGCUAGUAGAGGAUUAAUCAGCCCUGCCAUGAUUGAGCUUGUGGUCCAAGGGGAGGGGCCAGGAAACCGCCGGGGAAAGGUUGGGCUGUUGCGGAGAAAACUCCGACAACUGAAGAAGGAGCUAGAGAAGAGCAUGCAUAUUUAG